UGGCGGGCAGUUCCUGCUAUCGUCUCCGCAGCUUCAAUCUGCUUUCGCGCCCUCUCCUAUAUGUGCCACAAACAGUGCCACGCUGUCGUGACUGUGGUACGUUUAGUGGUGAAUAUCCAUCAGAUGUUGGGAAGCACUGGUCGAAGCUGGUCGACUAGUGUUGAACUACUGCUUCCCUUAGAGAGAACAAUAAAAAUAGUAUCAUAAUUUGAGCAUUAUAAUUCGUACAACAACGCCUAAAUUGUAUCCGGCCAGGUCGAACAACUUUUGCUACAACAUAGCAACAUUAAACUACGAAAAAUAAGUUAUUUCAAGCUAUCUCCUGUUUAGGUCCUAAAGCCUGUGUGCCAAGCUCUAGUGCUCCAUGUGAAUGUGACAGCGUGUGUGUACAGGAAGUUUUUUUUUUUUUGUUUUGUUGUCUUGUACGCCGUUCACUCGAUAGGAAUUGGCGCAGAGAAAAACAUCGUGAAUGCUUCGCCAGGAUUACGUGUGGCGUGUCUGUUACGUGUUAUACAACAGCAGAAAAACUGUUUGGCUGGGGGAAAUUUAAGUGAAGUUCUUCAAGGAAAGGAACUAAACUAGACUCAUUGGAUUUUUGGUUAGUGGUCUGAGCCAGUAUCGUUAGUGUGUCAAGGGGGUGUCUUUGACGGUCCUGUGCGAUGGCUUGUGCAGCACGACGGGCAACGAAAGUGCACGAAUUUGUCGCACACGGCGCCGUUGUGAACUGCAUUUCCAUAGGACGAAAAAGUGGAAAAGUCGUUGCUACAGCGGGAGAUGAUAAAAAGAUUAACUUAUGGACAGUGCCACGCUAUAAUUGCGUGCUACGUUUGCAUGGCCAUACGACGCCAAUUGACACAGUUAAAUUUCAUCCUAACGAAGAUCUGCUCGCGUCGGGAUCGAAUUCAGGUGCUGUGAAGUUGUUUGAUCUUGAGGCUGCCAAGGUCCUUCGGACACUGAACGGCCAUAAAGCCUCGGUUCAGUGCAUAGAUUUCCACCCGUAUGGCGAAUUCAUUGCAUCAGGUUCAUGUGACAACACAAUCAAAUUGUGGGAUUCCCGCAAGCGCAGCUGUAUCAACACUUAUCGCGGGCACGAUCAGAAGGUCAACUCAAUCCGCUUCAGUCCAGACGGCCGCUGGAUUGUGUCUGGCGGAGAUGACGGCUCAAUCAAGCUCUGGGAUCUCGCUAUGGGUAAAAUGCUCAUGCAAUUCAAUGAACAUAAAGCCGCCGUUAGCGAUGUCGAAUUUCAUCCGAACGAGUACCUGUUAGCCUCAGGCAGUGAAGACGGUAACGUCAAAUUUUACGAUCUUGAAACGUGGCAAGUCAUCUCGUCGACAAGUGGAGAAACUGGCCACGUCCACUGUACACGCUUCCACCCCGACGGCGAAGUGAUCAUGGUGGGAGCAGACGACGUCAUGCGGGUGUACGCUUGGGAGCCUACGGUAAACACGUUUGAUCGCGUUAUCAUGGGUUGGGGUAAAGUUGAGGACAUUAUGGUUGGCAAAGAUUCGGUGGUAGCAGCCAGCAAGUCCGUGACAAAUGUCUGCUUAUAUGUGCUUGACACAAAUAAGGUCCAGCCGUUCGCAGGCUCAUCGGCGAUAUUCAUCGACGAUACUCCGGCCAAGACGUCAACUGGCGGAUCGUUUCGACGUUCUUCGCCGCUUGGCUCCAAUCCUCGACGAAGCUUUAACACCAAAUCUCGGAUAAAGUUGGAUGUUGCUUAUAAAAGGGAGAUCAACUCUUCGGAGGCUUCCGAUAACUCGUACGACUCGUAUGAACCAUCGAGUACUGAUGACGUUUGCAUUAUGGAGCCAUCAUCGUACAACGAGAUCUUCCACCCGUCGAAGGAGUUGUCGCGCAGCCCCCCCAGAGAUACCUCGUACCCUGUUAUGACCACUGGCAACAGCAUAAACUCUGGAAUGUUCCGAUUACCGCCAAUCCGGGACGCCGCUCCGAACUCUUCGUCGUCUUCAUCGCAUCCGCCGGCGACAUCGAGGUCACCUCCACGAAUCGAUCCCGUGAUUAGUCGCAACUUGCAAAGUUCCGAUUGUCUUAAAUCGAUCACGUGCGGCGAACGUUCCGUACAGCGUAACCAGACUUCGGAGAUGGGCAUGCUGACAUCAUUGACCACUUCGGCGUCGAGUUCUACCAUGGCCAUGAACAAUCUAAAUACAGCUACUAACAACCUUAAUAACCUCAAUCUCAAUAGUAACUUUAGCGGCCUUCAUCAGCAGAACAACAGUUAUGCUAACCAUGCGAAUAACAGCCAUACAAGUUAUCAUUACCCACCAAAUAUGGCGUCGAUAGCAGCGACAGUUGGAGGCACAAACAGUAACAGCGGAAUGGUUAUGCGUGCCUCGUUCUCAAUGGGUAAUAUCAAAGAGUCAACCAAUCACCACGGAAGCCUAAGCAGCUCAUCGUCGACGCUUAGCAGUAGCGUAUCAGAUAAUAACCGUAAAACAGGCACUGCCAAUUCAACGUCAAGCGGCGAUCUAUCUUCAAUGCCAAACCUUCCAGUGAGUGAACCAUCGACACCGGUGAAGACUGCCUCAAACUUCCUUCCGCGUCGGCAUCCGGAAAAAACGUCGUCGGAACAAAGUCUUGUAUCGAUAGUUAAGCCCGUGAUGAGCGUCAAAGCAGCCGCAGUUGUUCAUCCUGAAGUUGUUAGCAACGUUCCUUCAUGCGUCAAUCGGUCCGAGAAGAAUUUGAGUCUACAAAAUGACGAUAGUUGCGGCAGUAGUAAUUCAGCGAACAGCGCGGGUGGCUUGAACUUCGACGAUUUUCUGCCAGCUCACGUCCAGUCGCUGUCCAGGGGCCCCCGCUCAGCUGUGCCACUUUCCGAAAAUGAGGCUCUCGACAAAAUCGGCUCUGGUCAUAACGGUAUGAUGGUUGCAAUGAUGCAUCGACUACACGGACUGAGGCAGGUCCACGCGCGUUGGAACCCCAAAGAUCCAAAAGCCGCACUCGAGGUAGCAAUCAGCCUGCGGGACCCUGCUGUACUGGUCGACCUUCUAAACAUUUUGGUGCUGCGCGCCGGCCUUUGGAAUCUUGACCUUUGUGCCCUUUUGCUGCCAUCGAUGCACGAGCUCAUUCAGAGCAAAUAUGAACCCCAAAUGGCAACAGCUAUCACUGCCAUAAAGCUUGUGAUGAAAAAUUUCGGGGCAAUAAUCAAGGAUACGGUCGCGGGACGGAGCGUCGGCGUCGACCUGAGCCGUGAAGAGCGUUACGAAAAAUGCACGGGCUGUCACGAAGCGCUGAUGACGAUUCGGUCGUUUUUGCUGAAGCGGCAAACCAUGCAGGGCAAGGUCGGCUCCGAAUUCCGAGAUCUGCUUACGUUCAUGGAAAUACUGGACUGAGAAAUUGUUGCGAUUGAUAAAUUGAACUCAUAUCGUCGAUCUACCAUAGGAUAUUCGUCUGAUAGUCCUGCAAGUUCUUUCCGUGCGGGCUAAACCGGAAGACAGACAGAGUUAAUGGCGAUGCCACGAUGAUCAAGUGAAUAUAGUAGAGGAACAUGGUCGAAAUCAUUGCCGAAGGUUCACGCGGUUGCCUGGGCUAUCCAAUCCCCUUCUGCUUUCGUCGCUGGUUUUGGUGUAAGCAGGUCGUGGUGCGAUACGAUGAGUGAUUGCCCUCAUUUUCCUUUACUUGGAUAAAAGCAAGGGCUCUGUGCAUAUGUAUUAUUAUUUACUUAAAUCUGAGUGGUGAUACGAAUCCGUGAAUCUACACUUAUAAAUACUACUGGUUGUUAAUACAUUGACAGACUGCCUUUUCUUCUUCGGCAGCAUCAGCCGACUUGAGUGCUGUGAACACGCGACUACGGUAAUCAUAGAACGAAUUGCGUUGAGACGUUUGGGUACACAAACGCAAGCGGGAAGUUAACCUGAUCGUGGGAAGUGUAAGAUACGGGCUGAAGUUGGCCUAAGAAUAACUUGUUAUGCGCCUCCCCGAGGUGACAGACGGAGCCGAUGACCACGGUACUUAAAUAUCGAACAUACAAGAUAUAGAAUAAAAUACAAUCAGUCAACCAUCAAGAUAAACUCAUGGAGGACAGUCGUCACAGUGACGAUCUCUUGACCGGCAAAGUAUCAUGUGGCGCAAAGAGCACAUUCAUAGUUGGAUAGUAUGAUGAAUACGUUUUACCUUGUACACAUCCAAAUGUAAUUCGAUUUCUACUAUAAUAAUAAUGAUUAUUAUUAUACUAUACUCCACUUAAGAAUCGACCGUUUGCCUCAAUGGGCAACAGUCUAUGGACGCGCUAAUGUAACUUUGCCAGUUCUCUGAUGUCUCGCUUCAAGACAUUCCGUCGACCCCGUCGACUGUUGGCUGAGCUUUUUGUAGAGCAGCGUUUGUUGUUUGGUUGCUGGCAUUAUUUCUCCCCGAUGAAUUGAUGUCAUACGUGGUUCUUCGGAACAGACGAACGUCGUCGUCAGUGCUCACGCAAAGAACUUUCUAAUGGGAGAAAUGUCAAGUUGAAAAGAGUGACGUAAACGAAAGCGACGUUUGCAAGCACGUAAGCUGGGUGGGUGUAAAUGUCUUAGAACGGAAGAAGAUAACCUGGAAGGGAAGGAGUUUUGUUCAGCGUAUAAGAUGCCAUUCGACGCAAUUCUAGCAUAGAGGUUAUAUAUGAAUUAGUUGCGCUCGAUAGAUAAACAGUCUGCCUUUACAGCGUUAGAAUAGGUGAGUUAGAUAACUGGCUGAAAAUGUUUCACGUCCCUGAUUCUUAUUAGGCCUAUCUCUCUCUCUAUCGAACCAUUUGCCGUUGAAUAAUGGUAGCUUAACUUAAACACAUGCCCCAUUUUCUUCCUGUCUUGUAACAGUCGAGUAAUCGUAGCCAAAAUAAGUAGUGCGAUAAGCAAUCAAAUAACAAGCCAACGGGUGAGUCGAACCUCAAUGUAUCGGACGGACGGGGCCGCACUCUAAACAGCUUUACAUGUGAGUGAAUGCGCAAACCGUGGGUGCCUGUAUAUCUGACGGAUGACUGCUGUGUGAGCGUGCGCUAGGUAGAUAUAUGAGCGUUGCAUGCGUUGGAGCGCCUUUGCGAUCUGCUUUUCAUGUAUCUGCGAAUGCACGCGACGGGGCUUGUUUAUCCGCAAAACGUACUGAGUACGUGCACACUAUAUAUUAUAUAAUAUUACCAAUGAUCUGAUCGGUCCUGUUUCACUAGCCAAGAAGAACGAGAACAACUCGUAGGCCGCGGCCGCUGUUGAGCGUCGUCACGUGUCGCCGCCGGCCCACACUCAGGCCUCUAGACGUCAUGGUUCGGCCUAAAUUAAUGGUUGUAGUAAUCACUAAUAAGUGUCGUAGAAGAUGAGGAAAGCACCGUUAUCUGUGUUGAAAAGUACUAGGCAAAUUGAGCCUGCCAUAACUAAGGUUCUAUUUUGGUACAAGUGAGAAAGCACUGCAAGUAAAGUUGGUUAGGUUACGGAAUCUAAUUGCGACUAGGCGAACAAGAAAUGACUCCUUUCAUCUUUAUAUCGCCUCCAAAAUAGCACAAAUAGCCAACCAAUUAUGAGGGUACAUUGUAAGUGAGUGGUAUAUAUGCAUGCAUAUAGUAGGCAGAUCUUACUGUGUUUGCUGCGUUUUACUGAACGUCUGCACAUGGUACCGUAAUGGAAUGGAUUUGAUGAAAACAAAACGUGUGUCUAUAGCCGUAUGCUUGUAUGUGUGUGUGUGAGAGUCUGUUUGGGCGUGUG